GCCCGUGAGAUAUCGGUCGGAAACGCACGCAAGAGUGAGCGAGGAAGCGAACGGAGGUAAGCGCGCACUCGAGCUGUAAGAGGCAUUUUUUUCCUGGAACGCGCACAGACAGACAGCGCUGCUGGUGAGAAAGCCGACAGAGGAGGAGGACAGGACAGAAGAAGGACGCACCACACAAACGCGUAGAGACAAAGUUCUCCUGCGUCGAGUUCAAGUAUGGUGGAAACAAACAUCUGUGUUUCAAUUUAUUGAAAGUUUUGGAUCAUAACGGGAAGCAGAGAAAUAUCCCCAAGGAACGGAUGCACACAUGGAUCUCGGCAAGGCACUGGCGCUUUAGUGCAGUGGAGCCAAAGAGAUAUCCAGUCAUGAUUUGGGUUGCAUUUUUACCCUUCUUGGUUUCGUGCGCAGUCGGGAACAGAACAACGGAGCAGGUGCCAUUCUUUCACGGCCAUGUCUUUGAGAACUCGUCUCCAGGCUCUCGGGUCAACGGACUGAGCGUCCCGUUAAAACGGUUCAACUCGCAAAGGCUGUGCGAUUCUGGGGAACCCGGUUCAGCGGCAGCGCACUUCAAACUCCUGGGAGAAGGGAGUGAGAAUUUCCGUGUCUUUGCGCACCACAAACGGGGACAUAUUUUAUUGAAGACUUCUGGGGUUUUGGACAGAGAGGAGCGGGCUGAAUAUGCACUGAGUCUGGGUUUGUGUUGCGGGCAAUGCGUGGGACUUUCUGGGGAAGAGGAAGACGAGUGCCCACUUAUCACCGAAGUAGCGUCUAUUAAAGUGGAUGUUCUGGACACCAACGACCACCAGCCCACUUUCCCCGGUGCCGAUGUGAAACUGAGCCUGGAUGAUGCUACUGCGCUCCGCACGGCGAUAUACACGGUCACCGCGCGGGACGAUGACAGCGGCAAGAACGCCGAGCUCAUCUACUUUGCCCUCCCCAAAAACGGGAGUUUCUACGCGGUGCCCAAAACUGGUGACAUCCUCCUUGUUGACUCCAUCCUGGGUCUGGAUGGACCGAUUAAAUUUAAAGUGUUUGCCCGGGAUCGCGGUUGGCCACCUCGCACAAGCCAAAGCCUCACAGUGGAGAUAAACCCACGGCAAUGCCCCGUGGCGCAAUCACUGACUCCCCAACUGGGUGAAAGGAAACUGAAAUCGCAAAAUAAGGUACCGACGCGAAAGUCCAGAUCAGUCUUGGAACCAGAUAGCCCCGUUUUGAUCAAUGUGUCCGAGGAUGCGGGGCUCGGUUCGGUGGUGAUGAACCUGAACCCGGUGAGGUUUCAGACGGCCACGUUUGAGCUGGUGGAGCCCGACAUGGAGAGCUCUCCGGUCAGCGUGAGCCGGGACAGCGGGGAUAUAGUCAUAUCACGGAGACUGGACCGAGAGACUGAGCCUCUGGUGGAGAUCAGCGUCAAAGUACAAGAUAAACGAGGUCCAGAAUGGUACUUGGUCAGGGUGGAGUUGACUGUGACGGAUGUAAAUGACAACAUCCCAGAAUGGAGCAUGGUUCCUGCCCCCUACCUGGCUGUGGUUUCCCCCGAUACCCCUGCAGGUUCAGUGGUCUAUAAGCUCUAUGCUCAGGAUGGAGAUGAAGGCAAUAAUGGUGAAGUGGAGUACUUUCUGUCUGAUGGUGGCGAUGGUCGCUUUGAAGUAGAUAGAAAGAACGGCCAGGUACGGACUACAGGCCUUCCUCUGCAGCAGGACAGGGAGUACCUGCUGACAGUUGUAGCCGCCGACCGGCUGGGCAGCCGCAGCGCCCCUGCUGUCGUCUCCGUGGUUGCAGGAGCUCGGCCACCCCAGUUUACCAACGCGUCUUUCACCAUUGCCAUACCAGAAAACACCCCUGAAGGACAACCCUUCUUGGUCACACCUGCUGUGUCCUUCCAGAGGAAACCAAUCAGCUACAGCCUUCUCAUCAAUCCCAGCAGCCUCUUCUCCAUCUCAGCAGAGACGGGUGAAAUCAGCCUAACUCGCCCUAUUGACUACGAGAGCGACCAACAUCGCUACUUGCUACUGGUGCGAGCCAGCGAGGGCCUGGAGAGCAUGAGCAGUGCAGCAGAGGUGCGAGUUAUUAUCAUUGAUGAAAAUGACUGCGUUCCAGAGUUCCUCCAAUCGAUUUACAGCAAGGAUAGUGUACCAGAGACUGUGACAACAGCAACCUCAUUGCUGCAAGUGUCAGCCAAUGACUGUGACUCAGAAGAGAAUGCAGAGUUGACCUAUUACACCCUGAGCCCAGACUUCACUAUUUCCCCUCAUGGGACCAUCUUUCCUGCGGGACCUCUGGACUACGAGAGACCUAAUCAUCUGUAUGAGUUUGUUGUGAUGGCUAUUGACAAGGGCGAGGUGCCUCGCACAGGCACAACUACAGUACGGAUUAGAAUGGCUAAUGUCAAUGACGAGACACCUGAGUUCUCCCAACAUACCUAUCGGACAUUCGUCUCAGAGGAUGCAGGCCCCAACACGCUUGUUGCAACAGUGCUGGCAAAGGACCCUGAUGGGGAUGGGAUCACGUAUAGGAUCACCACAGGAAACGAGGAGGGCAACUUUGUCAUUGACAGCCAAAAAGGUUUGAUCCGGCUGCGCUCUAGUCCACCACCUCGCCUCCAGGGUGUUGAAUAUGUCCUUAACGUUACAGCUACGGAUGACAAUGCCUCAGGCGGACCUCAGGCACUGUCAUCCACAGCCCAGGUCAUAGUUGGCGUGGACGAUGUGAAUAACAACAAGCCUGUCUUUGAGAAGUGUCAGCAGUACCGAGAGAGCACAUCAGUCCUGGAGAACCAGCCAGCAGGAACAUUUGUUCUGCAAGUUCAUGCCGUAGAUGCUGACGAGGGCUCCAAUGGCAGGGUCACAUAUGGCUUCAUGCACAAAGACUCCACUGUGCCUGCAUUCAGCAUACACCCAGAUACUGGAGUAAUUGUGACAGCCAGGAAGUUUGAUCGUGAACGACAGCGGGAGUAUGCGGUGACCGUGACUGCCACUGACCAGGCAGCUGACCCACUGAUUGGCAUUUGUCAGCUCAACAUCCUCAUCUUGGACCAGAAUGACAACAGUCCUAAGUUUGAAAACAUUCGAUAUGAGUACUUCCUUCGUGAGGACACCAUGAUUGGAACUAGUUUCUUGCGUGUAGCAGCUCAUGAUGAUGACUUUGGCACCAAUGCAGCCAUCAUGUACUCCAUGUCCAGCGAACAGCCGGAGUACCUCAGGGUCAACCCAAUGACAGGAUGGGUGUAUGUCAACCAGCCCAUCUCACAGAGGACUUACAUCACCAGGGAAAUUGUGGCUACAGAUGGGGGCAACAGGAGCAGUUCGGUGGAGUUGGCAGUCACCAUCACCAAUGUGAAGAACCAGCCUCCACAGUGGGAAAAAGACAGCUACAGCGUGGUCAUACCAGAAAACACUGUCCGAGAUACACCCAUCGUGACCAUCAAAGCCACAUCGCCCCUUGGAGAUCCCAGGGUAACCUACAACUUGGAAGAUGGUAUGGUGCCAGAGACCAACAUGCCAGUUCGCUUCUACUUGACCCCCAACCGAGAAGACGGUUCAGCUUCCAUCCUGGUUGCAGAGCCGCUGGACUAUGAGACCACCAGGAAUUUCAUGCUGCGGGUCCGGGCUCAAAAUGUCGCUGCUGUUCCACUGGCUGCCUUCACCAUAGUCUACAUCAAUGUCACUGAUGUAAAUGACAACGUCCCAUUCUUUACUUCCUCCAUCUACGAGGCUUCGGUCACUGAAGGAGCAGAGUCAGGAACUUUGGUUUUCCAGGUAUCAGCCAAUGACCUUGAUCUCGGUCUAAAUGGCAAGAUCGCUUACUCACUGCUGGAGGAUCGCAGUGGGGACCAUCAGUAUUUCCGUAUCGACCCAGAGCUGGGGUUCAUCUACUCACAGGCUGUGUUUGACCGAGAGACCAAAAGCUCCUACCUGUUGGAGGUUCAGUCUGUGGAUGGCUGGGAGUCAGCGCGGCCCGGCAAACAUGGACAGCCCAACUCUGACACGGCAUAUGUUCGUAUUUUUAUCAGCGAUGUGAACGAUAACAAGCCAGUGUUUGCACAGGCGUCCUAUGAAGUCGAUGUGGAUGAAGAUGCUGACGUAGGCUUUGCCAUUCUCACUGUCAGUGCCAAUGAUGGGGAUGAAGGUGGAAAUGCAAAACUGCGCUACCAGAUCACAUCAGGAAACAUGGGAGGGGUGUUUGAUGUGGAACCAGAGGUGGGGACUAUCUUUAUUGCCCAGCCUCUGGACUAUGAAAAGAACAAAAGGUACAAGCUUCAUGUCCUGGCUUCAGAUGGAAAAUGGGAAGAUUACACAACAGUGACCGUGAACGUGGUUAACAAGAAUGACGAGGCUCCGGUGUUUACCGUUAAUGAGUACUACGGCAGUGUAACGGAGGAGCUGGAUGGUUCACCAGUGUUUGUAUUACAGGUAACAGCAUCUGACCCAGAUAAGGAUGCUGACCAGGAGGCCCUUCGUUACUCUCUCCAUGGCCAGGGUGCUGAGAGUGAAUUUAUUAUUGAUGAGGUCACAGGCAAGAUAUAUGCCCAAAGGACCCUGGACCGUGAGGAGCGCGCUGUUUGGCGUUUUGUUGUUCUGGCUACAGAUGAGGGCGGUGAAGGUCUGACAGGCUUCACAGAUGUCAUUAUCAAUGUGUGGGACAUCAAUGACAAUGCACCCAUCUUCACCUGUGCUCCCAGCUGCCAUGGUGAUGUUGCCGAAAACUCUGUAGUAGGGACAUCUGUGAUGGAGAUGACAGCAACUGACCUGGAUGAUUCAGCUGUGGGGCAGAACGCUGUGCUCUCUUACAGGAUUGUGGGCAGCUUAGAUGCCACUAACACUGAGUUGGGAGGAGUGCCUACCUUCUCAGAAAUGUUCACGAUUAACCCCACUACAGGGACCAUCACUGUAGGCAUGGGUGGUCUGGACAGAGAACAAGUUGAGUCCUACCUCUUGGUGGUGGAGGCUAGAGAUGGGGGAGGAAUGACAGGAACUGGAACUGCUACCAUUCAGAUCAAGGAUGUGAAUGACCAUGCUCCAAGAUUCACUGAUCACUCCUGCAUGGCAAGGAUCUCUGAGAAUGCAGAGACCAACGCAGAGGUCCUGGAGCUCGCUGCAGAGGACAAAGACACUGGAGAAAAUGCCCAGCUGACCUUUAGCGUUGUGGCUGGAGACCAAGAGCAGAAGUUCUACAUGGUCAGUCACAAGCAGGAGCAGAGAGGGACCUUGAGGCUCAAGAAACGUCUGGACUAUGAACGACACAACGAGCAGAGGUUCAACCUCACACUGAAGGUUGAAGACCUGGACUUCUCCAGUCUUCUGCACUGUGUGGUGGAAGUGGAGGAUUAUAAUGAUCAUGCUCCUGUCUUUAUCCCACACUUCUUGUCGCUCGCUCCACUACCUGAGGACCUCUCUGUGGGAACCAGUGUGGCCCAUUUGGUAGCCAGUGACUCUGAUUCAGGCCAGAACCGAGAAAUCACCUAUAGCCUAUCAGAGGACUCUGACCCUGAAGGUCUGUUUACUAUUGACCAGUCCGGUGUACUCUCAGUGGCUCGACCUCUGGACCGUGAGAGGAUACCCCAGCACCACUUGGUUGUCAUAGCAACUGAUCAUGGGGUUCCACCUCUAAUAGGCAGUGCGACUGUUCAGCUGCCUUUAUUGGAUGUUAAUGACAAUGGACCAGAGUUUGAGGCAGCAUACGCCCCGAUAGUCUUUGAGAAUGUGGCUGGACCACAGGUAGUAAGGUUGAACCAAACAUCAACCCUCCUCCGAGCUGUGGACCAGGACUCUCCAGAGAAUGGCCCACCUUUUCACUUCACCGUCCCCUCUGAGUAUCGCCACAGUAAUGAUUUCUACCUUCAGGACAACCUAAAUGGCACAGCGACACUGACAGCUCUGAGGACAUUUGACCGCGAGCGGCAGAAAGAGUUUCUCAUCCCUAUUAUAAUGAGUGACAGUGGUCGUCCAGCCAAGACGGUGACCAGCACCUUGACUGUGACCAUCGGUGACCAAAAUGAUCAUGCGCAUGUGGCAGGGGAGAAGAAAAUUUUCAUCAAUAGUCACAGAGGCCGUAUGCCAACUACUGUACUUGGGAAGGUCUAUUCUCCUGACCCUGAUGAUUGGGACAACAAGACAUAUGUCUUUGAAGGACAUGUACCAAGUUACUUCAUUCUGAACAAGCGAACAGGUUUUCUGAUCAUCAAGGAAAAUGCCCCACCUGGCCCCUACCAGUUCCAGGUCCGUGUGUCAGAUGGAAUUUGGCCGGAUGCUGUCUCUACUGUGACUGUACAUGUGAGGGAGCUGCGAGAUGAUGCCAUCUACAACUCAGGGUCCCUUCGUCUGGCAGACAUCACAGCGAAGGAGUUCAUUGAACUGAGAGGGAAGCAGCGAAGCCGCUACGAGCUGCUGGUGGACUUUCUAUCUGAGAUGCUUUCCAUUCCACCUGAUGAUGUCAAUGUCUUCAGCCUGAUGGAUGUGAAGGAGCGAAUGCUGGAUGUUCGCUUUGCUGUGCACGGUGGCCCCACCUUCCUCCAGCCUGAGAAAAUGCAUGGUUAUCUGGCUGCCCACAAACAAAAGCUCCAGUCAUUCCUGCAGGUCAGCGUGUCCCAAGUCCGAGUAGACGAGUGUCCCAGCUCAGAGUGUGCUGGAGCAGGUGGCUGCACCAACAUUCUGAAUGUGCGGGACACACCGACAGUAGUAGACUGUGGGACUAUGAGUCUUGUAUCUGUGACAGUGGAAUCCACAGCUAUGUGCUCCUGCCCAGGUAGAGAGCAGUCCCAUCAGCCCUGUACUGCAUAUCCCAGAAAUCCCUGCUUCAAUGGUGGCGUGUGUGUGGACACUCAGCAUGGCUACAGGUGCCAAUGCCCAGCUCAGUUCGAGGGGCCUGAAUGCCAGCAGAACAAGCACAGUUUCCACGGCAACGGCUAUGCCUGGUUUCCUCCCAUGAUGCCUUGUUUCGAAAGCCAUGUGUCUCUGGAGUUCAUCACGGAUGUGGCUGAUGGACUGCUGCUGUACACCGGCCCCUUGGCCCAGCUGCAGGCCUGGGACCACGAAGACUUCAUGGCAAUAGAGCUAAUAGAUGGGACCCCCACCUUGAAAAUCAACCACGGCUCUGGCACAGUGGUGCUACAGUUGCCAGGCAACGUGAAUGUGGCAGACAGGCGGUGGCAUCGGCUGGAUGUCCGCAGCAACAGCAAGGAAGUACGUUUCACCCUGGAUCGAUGUUCAGGUGCAGCAGUGAUGGAAAUGGAGGGUCUGGGGAGCUGGCUGACAACAGAAGACCACUCUUCCUGUGAGGUGAUGGGUGUUACACCCAACACUGACAGACAUCUCAACAUGAGUCAGGUGCUCCAGCUCGGCGGUGUGAACGAGGACAUCCCCUACAUCUACCCUCAGCUUCAGCACAAACACUUCACCGGCUGCAUCCGUAACCUCAUCGUGGACAGCAAGCUGUAUGAUUUGGGCUCCCCAGCUGACUCACAGUCCAGCUCUCCAGGCUGCCUGACCACCGAUAGCAGCUGUGUCAACAUGGGCUAUCCAUCCUGUGGCCACCGGGGUCGCUGUCACGGUGAGUGGGGCUCCUUCAGCUGCCAGUGUGUGCCCGGAUACACAGGACACCAGUGUGAAGAAGAGGUCCCAGAAUAUUCAUUUGAUGGCCACAGUCAUGUGCAUUACCAGUUGUCAUCCCCUCUGCCUGCCCGAAGGACGUGGAUUCAAGUCUUGAUUCGAACUCGCAAACACAGCAGCAUCAUCUUCAAUCUGAUCUCAAAGGAGCAGAGUGAAUAUCUACGACUAGAGAUCUUUCAGGGCCUUCUCUGUAUUUUCUACAACCUUGGUGAUGGAGACUACAAUCUGACCCUGCCCACCUAUCGCCUUGACAACGGUGAAUGGCAUGAGGUCUUCCUAGAUCGGCAUGACAAUGAGAUGAUGCUGCGUUUGGAUGGGGGCGGAGGGCAGCGGGAGGUGACAGGAUUACGGGGUCGAAGCCGAGAAAUCGUCAUUGACCCCACUGUGGUGAUGCUGGGAAACACUUUCCCUUCUGCAGUCAACAAGAGCUUCCAGGGCUGUAUGAGAGAUUUACGCCUCAAUGGUCGCUACUUGCCACUGGAUAGCCAGCCACGAGAUGGAGUUUCCCAGGUCAGCAUACAAGGCCUCUCUGUUGGAUGCUCCUCCGACUCCUGCAAAAGAAACCAGUGUAGCCCUCCCUUUACCUGUGUUGAUUUGUGGAGAGUGCACGAAUGCAGAUGUCCUCCCGGUCACAUGAUCCGUGUGAACGGGACCAGAAAGUCCUGUGUCUACACCCUCUGUGCUACCAGGCCUUGUCACCGUGGUACUUGUGUGGCCCAAUCACCCUCUAAAUUCACCUGCCACUGCCCGGAAGGCUACAGAGGACGACACUGUGAGACGACACUGGCAAUUUACAGGGAGGACGUGGGCCUGAGCUUCAGCUCCCUCUUUGCCAUCUGCAUCUGCUUCAUGGCCUUACUGGUGCUGCUGUUGGGCAUUUUCCUCUACACUCGCUGGAGAUCAUACAAAGGGCUCAAGGAGGGUGUUUACCAUGUCUCAGCACAUCACGACGGCUGGGAGGACAUCCGAGAGAACGUCCUCAACUAUGACGAGGAGGGAGGUGGAGAGGAGGACCAGAAUGCAUACGACAUGGCAGAGCUGCAGAAGUCCCUCCAGCCGAGCCCGGCCCAGUCGAUCCAGUACUGUCGCUCCAGAGCCCUGCACCAUCCUCCUCCUUCCCACCAUCACCUCCUCCACCAGGCACCGCCCGUCCCACCCUCUAUCCAGCCACUGGAUCCCCUCAGCCGGACAGCCAGCUCCACAACCCUGCCCCCAUCCACUUCCUCCACCGCCACCACCACCACCAGUUUCCGCAGAGAUGUCCCCCCCACCAGGCUCCCAGCCCAGGGCCAGGCACGCCCCUCCCAGCUGGCACGUCGCUCCCUUUCCUUCUCUAGCCAGGAUCUGGCCCGCUACCUGUGCGAGAUCAUCCGUGACGCUGACCAGCAUCCAGACACGGGACCUUUUGACUCUCUGCAGGUUUUCUCUACCGAGGGAGGGGGCUCCCCAGCCGGCUCCCUCAGCUCCUUCAGCUCGGCAGGGUUGGAUGGAGGGAGUGGUGCAGAUGGGGGAGGGGAGCCGAGGAGAGAGGAGACGCUUGGGGAGUGGGGGCCUCGCUUUGAGAAGCUGCGGGCGCUGUAUGAGCGAGCUGAGGCCAGCGACCUCUCAGCACACGGACCAAACUGAUCAAACCCUGAUAAGGGCCACCCCCUCCUGAAACAAUCCAUUAGCAGACGCUUAUCGGCGAACGAGGUGGGAAAACAGCGAGAGACUGACUAACAGAGAGACUCGCUCCUCACCCAGCACUGACAGCUGACACUAAAGGUGUUGUAUUUAGUGGAUGAUGAGCCCCGUCAAUCAACAUGGUGGCCCAACAGACAGAUGAAAGUGUCCCUUUGAAAAGAGCCUGUCACUCUGCACCCCCACCACCUUGGAAAAGAAUUUUGCAGGAGCAGACAUUAUCAAACCUAGAAGUCAAGUUAAAAGGCUUCAGAACGUCACUCUCUACCCGGGCUACUCAUCAUGAUGGAGCUUAGCUUCACUGUCAGAAAAAUCUGUUCCAGUCACUGGCAAUGAAAUACAAAAUUCUCUGUGCUGUGGAUGAGUGUCAACUGAAGGCAAAUGAAAUUGUUUUGUCCAGGUUUUUUGUCUUUUUAUACCUGAGCAAAUCAAUGGCCCUUAUUUUUAGCACCUUGCUGCUGAAUUAAGUCUUUGUAAAUAAAGAAUUCUAACAUUUAUUCCACAGUACACUGGAACAUGAUAAGACAGUGAAGAUGAGAGACAUCAUACUGACUAGGCCAUACAAUACAGAGUUUGGAUUUUCACAACAGUGGACACAUUGUGUUCUUGCUGCCUGGCUGUACACAGCUUCUGUCAAUGUUUGUAUGAGAAAAAAGUGCUUCGACCAUCACUGGUUUCCAGGGUGAGAUUUUAAUUUAAAAAAUUUUUUUGGUAAUGUGUCUUUACUUGGGUUGAGUAAUUCUGUAUUGGUUGGAUGUUUCAAGUUUCAAAGCUCCGUGGGUUGUAAAACAUCAAGCUUUCUACUUAGUACUGUGCGCGCGUCUUCAUUUGAUUUCCUAUUCUCAUUCGCGCUCCUCCGCUGCUCAUUCCUCCUCACCCGAGGGAGGGUGCACAAAAAUUCAGACAGCUUUGUAACAAAGAAAUGUGAGUGGACGUGUUGACUGCGGGAGGGAGGAAAUACUUGCUCUGUUGCUCUGUUCCGCGUACGCCUUCCUCAGGCACACCAAAUGUGGCAGCUGCAAGAGACUAUUUUAACAGACGAUUGCUCGGUAGAAUACAAACUAUGUCAAGCUGCUUUCCAAGGUGACUACUUAAUAAAUAUAAAUGGGGGGAGGAGAGGGAUGAUGGAUAUAUAUAUAGGAUUAUACAUAUACACUGAUCAGCCACAGUAGUACAAACACUGAGAAGUGACAUGAAUGGCAUUAAUUAUCGUGUUACAAUGUUCUGCUAGGAAACCUUGGGUUCUGGCAUUCAAGUGGAUGUUACUCUGACAUGUACCACCUACUUAAACAUUGUUUGUAGACCAAGCACACCCUCCAUGGCAACAGCACUCCUCGACAGCUCAAGAACAGUUCAUGAAGCACGACAAAGAGCCCAAGGCAUUGACCCAGCCUCCAAACUCCCCAGAUCCCAGUCUGAUCAAGCAUUCACAGAAUGCAACAGAACAAGCCCAGUCCAUGGAGUCUAAACUCCACAACCCACAUUACCCAAAGAAUGCAGUGCCAGACACAGACAGCCCUUCGAAUACUGUGCUCCUGUACUGACUAACUAAACUGCAUUAUCAGUUACGUUUUGAGAGAAACAUAUUUUCAGCCCAAUUACAUUUUUUUUUAAUGUAUCACUGAUAUGUUUCAAAUCAACAUAUGUUUGCAAUUUAUUACUCCAAGGAAUGUGGCAGAGUGAUGCCUGUCUGUCUUUUCGCAACUUUACUCAAAAACGGACGAACGGAUUCGGAUGAAAUUUUCAGGGAAGGUCAGAAAUGACGCAAGGACCAAGUGUUUAGAUUAGUGAUGCGGUUUAUAGUCUGGAUCCACAGAGUUGUAAAAAAAUUCUGUAUCAUUGGGAGACAGCGGCAUGGUGUCACUGUAACCAUGACUACAAGUGAGCACUAUGUCAGCUGCCUGACGAUCACAUGAUCGAAAUCCUAUUACAAGUCAAAAGCUGCGGACUUACUGGGACUUAUGCAUCAGAAAUGAUACAAGGAACAAUUGAUUAAAUUGUGAGGGUGUUUCAGAGUCCCAUCAAUUCCUGGGCCUACUUGGUGAUGGUCCUUUUGGUGACUUAUAUUGCCAUCCUACUUCCUGAAACAGAUUCAGUGGCUCUUUCAAACUGAAAGCCUUUCCAACUUCAGUUUUACUUAUCAGUGAAAAAAAUACAAUUCUUUUUCUUUCAAACAUAAUUGAGAAUGCAGUUUAGAAUGUCAUUUUUUGGCUUUUCUUGCCUUUUAUUAGAUCCAAGCGCCUAGAAUAUCAUUUUUGGGAGACAGAUAAGGACAGGAAACCCUCAGAAGACUUAUGUCCAUGCCUUUACUUCUCAGAGAUGCUAUUUUAGCAGUGUGAGAGGGGCAAUAUCAACACAUACAUAUCUCGCUCUGGUCUGUGAUACCUUUGCAAAAUAAACUUCAGAUUCAUCUGUUUUCCUUGCUAAAUUAGCACACACUCUUGGCUGAAACUGUAUAAUGGGGGUUAUGAGGAAACAGGAUGAUAAAAAAAUGCAGGGAACUAAUAAAUGUGCAGUUAUCCAAAGUGAACUGUCAGCACAGUGACUCUUUGUAUCAGUUUCUCCUUGUUUGACUUCCUUGUGACAUCAGGUCAAUGAAUCUGUUUUCCUCCUCUCAAUGUACAAAAAACUAAAACAAACAAACCUUUCUGCAGUUGUUCUGGUGAGAGUGAUUUGUCUAAAAGCUACAAAAGUGCAAAGAAAAACAAUAGAGCUGAAAAAGGGAAGAAUCUGAAGGGUCUAAAAAAGGAGCUGUUCUUUUCACCUGUGAUAUGAGAGAUGAUUACAGUGUGGAGGUUUGAAUCAGAGAGCAAAUGAGGUGGGGGCGAGGCAGAGAGUGCCUGGCUCUGUGGUGAAAUGUCUCACCAGUGCAUCAUGGAGCUGCAGGGAGCUGUAGAGGGACGAGAUGCUGGAAGCAGUGUAUAUAUAUAUAUAUAUAUAUAUAUAUAUAUAUAUAUAUAUAUAUAUAUAUUUUUUUUUUUUUUUUCCCAGUUGAAACAGUUUGCUGCACAGCAAAUGGCAGAAAUACAAAAGUCGACAACUCUCCAAAAAGCCAGUCUGGCUUCUCCUGGCAUUUCAGCUGCUGUAUUCUGCUGGAAGUAGCGGCGGCGCUCUCAUCAUGCCUUUCUCUUUUUUUUCUAUUCGUCUUCACGCUGGCAGAGCUGAGCCUGUCGGCAGUUAAAGGGUAGGAGAGUGUGAAAACAUGUCAGGCCACUAAUCCUAAUAGGAGCUGAUGGCUUGCUGUCAUGCUGGAAAAACCAAAGGAUUGCGUGGACUUUCGAAAAAAAGUCGACCCAGCAGCCGAUUCCCAGAUUGUGGCUUUGCAGAAACAUGUUAUUUUCAGAAUAGCUGAGGCAACAAUGCAGCUCUUAAAAUUAAGAAACUUGGCGGUCAGGCAAGGAUGCCUGUACAAUGUAGAAUGAUGCCUGGAAGUAAGACACAGGCUUUACUUUCUCUUAUUUUUCUGAGACCACUGGGGAUUUCCUAGAGAGGGAUGCUUGUAUUUUAUUCCUCUGUCAAGGGCCGAGCCUGAGCCACACAGAGAGGUGAAGGAUGAAGAUGUGUAAUGCUUCAUUUCUCUCUCUGCAGCUGUACGGAGCAUCGAUUCACUUCUCACUACCAUUCAUUUGUAUCAUAAAUUGGCUUCUUAAAUGUUGUGUUCUGGGUGCAGACAUGUCGUGAACAAAGUUGAUGUUUUUACCUCAUUUGUAAAUACAGAGAUAGAUGAAAUACAAUUAUUGCUUUUUGUCAAGAAAAGCAGCAUAGGUUUAAAAAUGCGCAGCUUCUGAGAAAAAAAAUCAAAUCGAACAUAUUUUUUAUCAACAUGAUGGUGAUGAGCUUUUGACGGUUAUAUGUGUUUUGUAUUUGCUUUGAUCUUUUUUCUCAAUAAAUUCAUUUAUUUGCACCAGUGA